UGUCAGAAGGUGGCGGGUGCGUGGCUGCCAAGAGAGGCGGAAGCAAUUAGUUUGAAAGAAGCAUUAUCUUGGGUGAUAGAACGACGGUAUGAACACUGUAUUGUUGAGACGGAUUCUAAAUCACUUGCUAUGGCUUGUAAUGGAACUCCACGAGAGGCAUACUUUGGUACCAUAGUAGUUGAUUGUAUUCAAUUUUUAAAGCAAUUAAAUCCACUGCUAGUUCAGUUUGAUUAUCGAUCUGCGAAUAGUGUGGCGCAUGUGUUAGCAAAAGCCGCCUAUUCUAUGUCAGGUUUAGAGGUGUAGUAUGAUAACCCACCUGAUUUUCUCAUUCAUGUCCUAGAUUAUGAUAUUAUCUAUUAAAGCAAGUACGUUUAUUUCAAAAAAAACAAGGAGAGGAAGGGAUGAUGGUAUCAAAAUAAGAAUGCAGGAUAGGUUUUUGUUCUAAUAAGAUGUUACUCCCAAAAUUCUCAUGAGCCGUGGCCGACCCACAACUGAAGGACCAUUAAGAUGGGCUCAUUUAGUAGAUAUCACAAGUCACCUCGGUUUACAAUUAUGUUGGACUGCCCUACAUAGAUUAAUAGAUGGGCUCCUAAUAUGAGAAAUUAUCAAGCCUUCCCAAGGAGAUGGUGGCUGCUAGAAAUGAUGUGGCCUGUGGGGGUCGCUAGCCUUUGGGCUUUCUAACCUAGGCCUUGUUGAGGGCACUCCAUACUUAGGCUUGUUGGGAUGAUCUCACUUCCUCACUUGAAGACGACCCUGGCUGGGGAAGUAUGUUUUAGAGCAUGUUUGUCCGGCCUUAAAACAGUUUCAAAUUUUAAGCUGAAAAAUGUCCGUUUUUCUAAUAUGUCGGAAGCCGACUUCAAGUCAGAAACUGACUUAAAGCCACAAGUUAGUUUGAGGUACUUUUUCGUCGAGUCGAAUUUUUUAAACUUUUUUUUGUUAAAAAUUACUCAUAAGACAUAAAUUACCUAUAAAUCACUUUAAUUUCUAUUUUUAUAUUUCUAGUAACUCAUAAGUCCUUAAUAAGUCAAAAUUACUCGAACAAAUAUUUUAAACUCCCAGCUAAUCACAUAAGUCACGUUAACUCAUAAAUCACGUUAAGUGAGAAGUCAUAAAGUCCGACAAACGGGCUCUUAUACAUAAAGCUAGGAAAUUAUGGAAUCGCACUAGAAAAGCAUAAAGCGAGGCACAAUGACAAGGUGGAGAAGUGGAGAGCAAUAUUAUUCGAGAAGAGGGGUAAAUUUUCUGAUUUUUCUCAAUUAUCCAACAUUUCAUGCUUUUCUCAGUAAGUUUCUUUCUAUAAUUAGAUCAGGAAUGCUAUACUUGUCAACAUGUGUCAAGACAUAUUAUUGUAUUUAUGGAUUGUUGGAUAAUAAUGUGUUUGGUUUUUGGGUAGGCAACAGAGCACUUUCAUCUAGAAUACUGUGAAUAUGUUUACGGAAACACUGGCUGCCAAGUUCCCAGAAUGCCGGCUCCCAGAGCCUGGAAGAUCAGUUUUACGAGGCCGGUCUUCAUCCAACGUCAAGGUAAUUCUUGACACAACGAGUGCUAACAGUGGCCUAGACGCAAAUGGAUGGGCAAAGAAGGUUCUCUUGAGUGGAAAAGUUGUAUUUGUGGAGAGAAACUGUUCAAAGGAGCCAAUAUAUUUGAAAGACCUAGAAGAGCUGGUGGGUAAAGAAAAGGUGAGGUUUCCCAUGGUAAUUGUGAAUGGGAAGGAUUUGUGUGGAGAAGAAGAGGUAGAGAGUUUAGAUGAUUUUAAGAACAAGCAAAAGCUUAUUAUGUCAGCAUUGAAUGUGCUUUAUGUCACCGAAAGAGAAUUGAAAAGCCUUCCAUUCGGCAGAAGGAGCUCGAUUGAUGGGGCUGCCGAGCACCUUUAUCCAAAACACUGUAAAAUUGUUUCGAGAGAAAUUGGCUGCCAAGUUCCCACAAUGCCGCCUUCCUACACCAGACGGUCCAAGUUCACAAGGCAGUUCUUCAUCAUCAAUGUUGAGACCUAAACCAUCUAAUGACGAGGUGAUUCUUUACACAAUUAGUGUUGAUAAUGGCCUAGGUGCAAAUGGGCUGGUAAAGAAUAUUCAGAUGAGUGGGAAUGUCUUAUUUGAGGAGAGGAAUUGUUGAAAAGAGUCAGAGUAUAUGAGAGAGCUAGGAGAGCUGGUAGGUAAUGACAGGGUAAGGUUCCCUAUGGUGACUAUUAAUGGGAAGGACUUGUGCGGAGCAGAAGAGGUGGAGGGUUUAGAUGAUUUUGAAAACAAGCAAAAGGUUAUAUCAGUACUGAAUCAUCUCUAUCUUUCUGCUAAAACAAUAGAAAACCUUCAUGACAUGUUUAGUAGGAGUUUAACAUUUCAAAGUAGUAUUCAGGACCAGUGGAUCAAUCGGAGAUACUCUUAGUGGUUGUGCUACUUUUUCCUGUUUCUUUACCAUGUUUCUUUCAAUAUAAAUGUAACUAGCUCUCAUUCUUUGACUCUUUUGACUCUUCAUCUUAUUUAGUUCUGUGUUUGUCCUUAGGCUCUUCGUCAUGUCUUUCUGACAUAAGCUGUAUAGCUCCAUCAGGUGUAGGUGUUGGGCUUGCUAGGCGAUCCUAACUCUUUCUUUGAUACUACUUGUUAGGCUUGCUAGGCGAGCCUAACACGAAAAUAGUAUGAUAUUGUCCGCUUUGGACCGAGCUUGCACGGCUUUUUUUCUGGGCACCUCCCAAAAGGCAUCAUUCUAUUUGGAGUUGUUCUCGCUGCUUAUAUUCUAUCUUUCUGCCCUUUUCACUACCGAUGUGGGACAAUUCCUAACAGUAGGAACAUCCCCUCCUGGAGAUGGGAUCAUCAAUCUCCGCAGAUCAUGUUUAUGUCUGAAAAGAAAGAAAGAACUUAAAAAUUCUUUACUGCUAGUGAAUUGUAUUAUUAAUUCAUUUUUUUUUUGCAAAAAAAUUAAUUCAUUGUUAUUAGUCCCCAAAUAAUAUUUGGUGCCUCUCUUGAAACAUAUAAUUAAUUUCCAAGCAACCCUAUCAACUUUUUGAUCUUGUCUCUUGCCAUCUUUUCACUGCUCUGCCUAUUCCUCCUUUAGUAAUUUCAAACUGAUGUUCUGUCUCCUUGGCUCGAAUUCAUUUAUUAUAAAUUUUCACCAAACAUAUGGCAUCACAAUUUAUUCGUUAUACCAUAUUUGCGUUUGAAAAUGUGGGUACAAAGCCGCACAUUUUCAAGUCAUUUUGAGCAUAUAUAAAUUUGAGUGAGUCGUGAUAGGGUGUUCAUAACAAGUCAUGUUUGGAUUGUUUUCAAUUGAACUCGCGGAUACAUACCUAACU